AUGCACCUGCAACGCUGACAGUGCUCCAUAGAUUCGUCUCAAAAAAUUCUAGAUUUGUCCGUCUGUGAGGAUUUUCAGAAGUUUUUGGUUUCACUGCCAAGAUGGACCGAACUGCCAUUGAAAAGUUCAUCGAAAUUACAGGAGAAGGAGAAGCCAGUGCCAUCCAAUACCUCACCCUGGCCGACGGUAACGUUGAGAAUGCAAUCACCCUGUUAUUCGAAAGUGGUGGAGCACCCCUCGACGCAGCUCCUCCCCCGGAGGAGCCUGAGGUGCGUCCUCCAAUUCUCCCCACAAGGGAAGUACUGGUCCCCACCGAGGCUGUUUGCUCGUUCCCCCGAACCUCCUCUAAUGUCUUCGAUAGAUUUCGAGACUUUUCCGUUGAGAUUCGCAGACAAGAGGAGGAGAUGACGAGAAAGGUCAGCGGAAGCAAUCGCGCUGUGCACAGCAAAACCAAGAGGCUCGAGGAUCUGUUCAGGCCACCUUAUGAGAUACUCUUCAUGGGCUCCUUCGUCGAGGCGAGGGAGCAGGCGAAAACGAUAAAUCGUUGGCUCCUGGUUAACGUCCAAAAUCCACAAGAGUUCUCCUGCCAAAUAUUGAACAGAGACGUCUGGUCGAAUAAUCAGAUCAAGGAGAUCGUCAAGGAUCAUUUCAUCCUGUGGCAGGUACUUUCCAAUUCGUCUGAUGGAAAACGUUACAUAGAUUUCUAUAACGUAACGGAAUACCCCUACCUGGCGAUAGUGGACCCCAGAACCGGCGAAUGCCUGAAGUCCUACACCAGCAUUACAGUCGACGGCCUCCUCACGAGUCUAAAUGACAUGCUGAGUACCUACCCCUCACCAGAGUGCAGCUCCAAUUCUCCCAAAGUGGAGGAGUCCCAUUGCGAGCCCUCGUCCUCCAUAAAACGUAGUUCAAGAGCCGACUCCAUAAGCAAGGACUGUGGGAGGAGAAUUAAAAAAUCGAAGAAUGCGGAUAUUCCAACGUCUAGUGCAGCUUCGAGUAGUAGAACGGGUUUAGCCACUAGCUCCAGCACAGCGAUUCGGGGUAAACGAUCGAGAAUAGAAAUUGCUGAAGGAAUACCUGAGAUGAGCCACGCUGCGGAAGCUGUGGUUGUCGAAGAGAGUUCAACGAGUAAAAGUGUUCCAGAAUCGUCGACAAAGCCAGUAGAAGUUGCUGUGGAAAAUGGAGAGCCUUCUCUCAGACUGUGUCUGAGACUGCCCUCCGGAGGCAAGGAAGCAGUUUCCAUGUGCGCCAACGACACAAUAGAGGGUUUCAUAAAACGAAUGGAGGCCAUGGGCUACUCUCCCUCUGACCACACCUACCUGAUACCUUUCCCCAAGACCAACGUGGGUGCACUGCCAUCGCAAACUCUGCUGUCCGACACCAUCCUCUACCCCUCGAACACAGUAUUCAUCACUAAAGUUUAAUCUGUAGGUGUGCGUUUCUGUUUCUGAAAGAACGUGUGUGCAGCAGAGGUCGUGAAAUAAUUUUCGUAUCGAAAUUCCAAAAGCUGACACACUCCCAUUAAUCACAGCAAUGUUUUGCCCCCAAAAGCAGGCAAAUGCUGGAUGAUUGCAGAGUUAUGCGAAUCAUUUCGUCGAUACUUCCACUUAAUUAUCAUUACUACUCUGCACUUUUCCUCGGUAAUUGUGCUCCAGAUAGUCUGAUGUCUCGAUUCUCCCUGCUGUCCAGUGAUGGAGUGAUAGAACAGGACGAAACAAUUUUGGGGCAAGUUGAUGGGACUUGUGAUAUAAAAAAAAAUUGUCUCCUGUGAAUUAUCUCUGGACAGCGGAAACAAGAAUCAGUCUUCCUUCGUUACUCCAUGUUCGUAGAAAAUACUUUAUUCAUCUCAUACAAUCUCCAACAUUAAAGAUGCAAAUUUAACAUGAGAAAUUUUAUUCAAUAAAUCAUCAUUUUUACUAACAUUCCCUGAUGUUUCUCAGUGAAUUCAAUGGAAAUGUUCAAAUAAAAAAUAUGAAGAAAAUGACUGAGUCCAAUUGAUUAUUUAAACUCGUACAAAUAAUUUGCAUUUAUUUGGUAUAAUAAUUAAUUAUAAUAAGUAACAUCACAUAAUGAAUAAUAAUUUCAAUAAAAUGUGUACAACACAUUAAACAUUCGAUUCGUGCUAUGUACAUUCUGACAGUAAAUUCAAUAGUUAAUUGGAAAAACACAAAUUUAUAAACAUAACCUCAAAAAAAUAUUGUUCCAGGCUGGACUAAAGUUUUCACGCGAUUUUUCAAUAAAUUUGCCUGCAUUAGUAUCACUGUUAUCACAAUCUAUGGAUCAAUUGAAGCAUUAUUUGGAGCCAGAGUAUCUCAACUAACAGUGUCUCACCACGAACAGUUCUGCAUCAAGCAGCAGCGAAAAUAUGAACGAAAAUAUAAAUAUAAUUCUUGCAGGAAGUGAUAGACGAUUUUGUGUGCUUGAAGCUGAUUAAUGAUGUGGUUUUAGGGUGUUGCUCGGUUGAGCUCGUAAUCUAAUGCCGCUAACGUCGUCUGUACCAUGUGAAACCGAAAAAAAAGAGUGAAGUAAAAUAAUUAGAUUUGUGAGUGAUAGUUGAGAGAUCAAUAGUGAAGUGUUAGGAUUUAUCAAUAACAAAAUGGUAAAAUAAGAUGGGAAAUCAAUCUAUUUUGGAAUAUUUAAUUUAAUAAAACUAUUAAAUGUGGCAAUUCUACGUUUUUUUUGAUUCAUUAUUAUUUACCAUUAUUACUCAUCAUUUUACUCAAUUGUAAAAUCCCAAUUCUCAUUUUUACCACUUCACUAGUGGGUUAACGCAAUGGUAAUCAACUGCUUAAACCAUUUCAAUUUCUAUUACCUAAUCUGUCUUAUUUUUUCCUCGCCUCUCGUCAUCAUCAGAAUUAACUUCAUUUUCGUAUGAUUCAAGUUUUGUAAACAAUUGCGUUAACGAGUCGUCUGCAAAUGACCAAAAUAAUGACCAUUAAAUGAUAAAAAGCAGAAGUGAUUAAAAUUUCUUUAAGGUACAGCAGAUUGUCAGUAAUCGGUGAUUACAAAAAUAUUUUUCACUAGUUGAUUUAAAGCGUUAAAUAUUCUCUCGUUAAUGUCUAUGGCUCUUCAAGGGACUUAAUUAACGACAAAAGCAAUCAUAUGAGAUUGAUUAAGCUAUUAGUCUCAUAAAUAAAUACGUCAAAAAAUGGUGGAAUUAUUUUUCCACAAUUGUCGGAUUAUUUUUGGGCUGUCAAUAAUCUCAGUGAAAUAAAGUAAUGGUUUUUUGGCUAAUUCAGAAAUCUUUAUGCGAAGAGCUCUUGCUCCAUACCAAGCUGCUCCAAGAAGACACCCAUGGGAGUGCGUUUCAGUCCGAUUCCUUCGAUUUUGUUCACCACUUUGUUUUUGAUGCUUCUCAGUCUCAAGGAGGCGUGGAUGAAGGUCAC